AGGGUCAUUACUGAAAGGAACCCAUCGCUGGAAAUGAGCAGCACCCUGGCACCCAUCUACACCCUCUUAGCCUUUGUGGCAACCGGUUAUUCUCUGAGUUGCACAAAAUGUCUGACACAGGGUGGAACAACCUGCUCUGGACCCAGUGUGACCUGCGCAUCCAAUGAAGUCUGUGCAUCCCUGGCAAUAAGAGUUUCCAUACCUGAGAUGAACAACGUUAACAUGUUUGCAAGUUCCUGUGCACCACAAAAUGAGUGUGAUAUAUCUGGGGGUAUGAGUUUUCCUCCAUCUACAAAGGUGGCAUUCGCCUCAUCCUGCUGCUCCACGGACAAGUGCACUCCAGCUCCACCCACACUAUCAGAUGCGAAUCAACCCAAUGGGGUGGUAUGUCCGGCAUGUGUAUCAAUGAAUUCUGAUCCGUGUAAGACUGGGGACACCAUGAAGUGCACCGGGAAUGAACGUAUGUGCUAUUCAGAAACAUCAACAGUGCCAGGUAUGUCUGGCCCUGUGUCCAUCCGUGGCUGUGCAUCUAAAAGUAUCUGUGAUAUUGCCAUCUCAAGCGAAGCCUCCAUCUUUAAAUCCCUGAAUGUCAGUUCAAGCAUUAAGUGCACCAAUGGAGCCUUUCACCCCCAUCCUGGAUUCCUCCUCCCAGCAGCCAUUGCGUCUGCACUAAUAACAUUCAUGCUUUUUGUAAGAAUUUAAUUAGUAUGGCACUGCUUUAUCUUGUCUAUAGAUAGGGGCCUAUGAAAUCGUUUUUUAUUAUGUGACUAUCGCUUGGGAAGUAAUCGAACACAUUUCAGUCUAAUAUUUAUUAUAGGAACACUGAAAUAUAACCCUGCUUGGGUGCUGAAUAUUUUCUAGGAAGGGGGAAUUAACAGUGUUUAGCUUUAGCAAAUAUUUUUAUACCAAUCAGAUUUUAAUUUAUUUAUUUUAUUUAUUUUCGAGACAGUGGCUGUGUGGAUUAUGAAUUAAAAAUACAAUUUAUGCCUACUUUAAA